AUGAUAAGCCUUCGACUCAAUAGACUCUGGCUCAGCGUAUUGGCAGUAUUCUUCUCUGCAAAAUUUUCUUUUGGAAGCAACUUUAAUGUGAUAUAUGCAAUCAAUGCUGGUGGCGAUGCACAUACCGAUUCUCAUGGAAUAUGUUAUUUGGGUGACCCAUUAAAGGGAGCAGUAGGCACAGAAUCGGAUUACGGUCGCCAGCUACUAGCGAUUAAUAGAGUUAAUAAGCAUGAUGAAAUUCUGUAUCAAACUGAACGCUACCAUCACGAUACUUUUGGCUACGAUAUUCCAGUAUCAGGGGAUGGAAAAUACGUUCUCAUACUUAAAUUUUGCGAGGUGUACUUCAACGGACCAAAUAUGAAAGUUUUCGAUGUUCGUCUUGAUCGACAUACAAUCAUAUCGGAUUUAGACAUAUAUGCUUUAGUAGGUAAAGGCACUGCUCACGAUGAAUUGAUAUUCUUUUCCAUUUCUCAAGGACGGUUAUAUUUAAAAGAAAACAAAUCUGAAAUCCGUGGAAGUAAAUUAAAAUUAGAGUUCGUGAAGGGAUACAAAGAUAACCCAAAAAUUAAUGCAAUUUUGCUCAUCAAAGACUACAAUGGAGCAAUUCUUCCUCGUUUGCCCCCUUUAAACAACGAUCACCUUACUGGUACUAAAGGAAUUGAUCACGUUGGCGAUCAUUACCAUUCUCAAUCGUAUUCGUUGUCUGAAAAUGACGGACCAACCGUCGAAAUUGGGGACGAUAGCAUCAUGGACGAUUUUCUGAGUGUCCCAGCAGACGAGUUCAUCAAACCUUCUUCAAUAUCGCGAAAAACUAGUGGCCCAAAACAACCGAAUCCCUAUUCUUUGGACGAUUCUUCAACCAUGUUACCUGUGUUCAUUGCAAUCGGUGCAUUUAUACCGCUGUUAUUUUGUCUGUGCAGGCUGUGAUUUGUUAUAUCUUAAUUUAGUUG